AUGUCCUACUCAGAUGCUCUGCAACAAGGUGCAUCCCAGUUUGAACAGUCUGCAGGGAAGCUGAAGAGAAAGUAUUGGUGGAAAAACCUCAAGAUGUGGCUGAUCUUGAUUGCCAUCGUCCUUGUUAUCAUUAUCAUUAUUAUAAUUGUUGCCGUGAAUAAAAGUGGAGGUGAUGGGGACAAGAAUGGGACAUCAGGAAAAGCUCCUCCGUUAUCCGAUGGGACUCAUCAGGGCCCUGCAUAACCUUGGGGCUUGGUUGCGGAUCGCCAGCUCCGAGCUUCUCCCUGUCUCUACUCCAUAAUCACCUUUUUGCAUUUCUUUCUGUGAGCGGAGGAGACUCCAAUUGAUUUCUUCAAUUGUCACCGGUAUCCUUGGUUCAUCCUUUGUUUUUUAAGAGUUUCAAAUUGUCACUUGGUCUCAGUUACUUUCUCUUCAUUUCUUUCUCUGCUUGUUGUGAACAUCACUUCCCUUCAGUCUAAUGUUAGUGCCUCGAACAGAGGUUCGCCCACAUUAAGGUCAAUAUGUGAUAUUUUCUUCUCUGUUCUCUGUUUCCCCUUUGCUGCACCUGUUUGUUAUGCCGUUGCAUCGUUGUAUUGCCCAGAGUUGCAAAUGCUCCCAUAUGUGAUUAGAUACACCCCUGUAAAAGUGCAUUCCAUCGAGAUUCGAGUGGGUGCGAGCGUGCGAGCCGUCUAGUCUGUCCGUGUCCUCCCGACCUCUCAGAGAGACCCACAGCUGGAUCGAGGGAACCACUAGAGCAUUAACCGUGAUUGUUCUCUUCUGUUAUUUUUCUCUUCACGAACCUAAUCAUUGUGUGAUAUAGCGACCACGAUGUCUCCAUCUCUUGGAUUCCUCGAGCGAAACUGCAUCCAGCGAUCGGAGUCUCGCUUCAUUCCCCCCUCGUUCGAAUGCACAUAUCUGCUAGCUUGGAUGUGCGUUUCCCGGGGACGAACGCCGGCUAUUUAUCGACAGCUGAUCUUUGUCUUCGUCGCGGUAUCAUACACGAUAUGUUAUGCCAAGGAAAUUGGAAAAUCUGUAGACAUUUCUCUAUCUAUCAUCUUCAUGGAGGAUAAUAAAGCUAUCCCUGUAUGCAGUGGACA